UUUGCGAGGUUCGGGCGAUGCAAACGCGCACCUGCUUUAGAGGCAUUACGGUAGCGCAGCAAACUGUCCCCCUCGCAACACACACUUCACUCGUUCACUCACACAGCCCUAGUGAUUCAACAGUGAUUUCCAGCGAACGAGCAAGCAACAGACGGGAUGACAAAAAGUGAGGACCGGUGGAGAGGUUGUUCGCGCUGAGUAAGCCUCUUGAAGAGAUAGCGAGGAGAAGCAGACGCCACAAAACAAGACGAGAAGCUGCGCGCUUUCUCCGCGGCAACUUGCGCACAGUGCCAGAGUUUUAGCGGCAGUAUUGUUCUGACUUCACUCCAGAGGGGCCACUCCGAGGAGAGAGGACGCACACAAAAGGGAAAAGGAAAGGACUAACGAGCACGCUUUCUCGUUUAAAGUAAUGGUCCUGCGGUCUUAGAUCCUAGAGUUCUCUGUCUCUCUCUCCCCUCUCUGUUUCUUUCCAUUUUUCUUUUUUUUUUUCGUCCCGUCGGUUUGUGUCCCCCUUUGUCGCCGUGAGAGAGUGGACGCGCCGGGGCUUUGAGGAGCAGAAGCGGGGCUGUCCACAUGGUCCAACCACUGGCGUGAAAGUUGACUUCUUCCGAAAACAAGAGAACAGGUGCCAGUGAUGAUGGUGGAAUCAGCCUCUGAGACCAUUCGAACGACACCGUCCAACCAGAACGGAGUCAGCAGCCAGUCAGAUGGAGGGGGAGGUAGAGAGGGCGGGUCUAACGGAGACACCAACGGAGAGAUCAGCCCAGUCGACUUACUGCACUUGCAACAGCAACAGGCGCUCCAGGCAGCCAGACAGUUCCUCCUCCAGCAGGCCUCUGGACUAAACUCCUCUGGAAACAACGAGGUCAAGCAGAGCCCUGUGCAGGUGCCUGUGUCCAUGGCUAUGAUGAGUCCACAGAUGAUCACUCCUCAGCAGAUGCAACAGAUCCUGUCUCCCCCUCAGCUCCAGGCCCUGCUGCAGCAACAGCAGGCUUUAAUGCUACAGCAGUUACAGGAGUACUACAAAAAGCAGCAGGAGCAGUUGCAUCUCCAGCUUCUGACUCAGCAGCAACAGCAGCAACAGCAGCAGCAGCAGCAGCAGCAGCAGCAGCAACAGCAGCAGCAGCAAGCCGGGAAGCAAGCGGCAAAAGAGCAGUUAGGAAGUAAGCAGUUGGCCUUCCAGCAGCAGCUCAUCCAGAUGCAGCAGCUUCAGCAGCAGCACAUCCUCAACCUCCAGAGACAAGGUCUAGUCCCACUGCAGCCCACCGCCGCCAUGCAGUCUCUGCAGCAAGCAAUGUGUCCGUCAGACCUCCAACAGCUGUGGAAGGAGGUGUCAGGGGUGCAGAGCAGUGAGGAGGCCCUGAAACAGGCCGAGGGCCUGGACUUGAGCACCAAUAGCUCCAAUUCUACCUCAGGCUUCCCCAAAGCUGCCAGUGCUCACAUCCCAUUGCACAGCCUGGUCAACGGACAUAGCCACACCCCAAAGAGAGACAGAGCCAGACUGUUUGAGUGGAUAUCCUCCUUCACCAAGUCAGACAGCGGAGAUGACCACGUCCCCCUUUAUUCCAAAGGUGGCCAACCCCCCAGCAGCCAUCACGAGGAGCAUGCCGGCUCCCAUCCUCUCUACGGCCAUGGAGAGUGCAAGUGGCCAGGCUGUGAAGCACUAUGUGAGGACAUGGGACAGUUCAUCAAGCACUUGAACAAUGAGCAUGCCCUAGAUGAUCGCAGCACUGCUCAGUGCCGAGUCCAGAUGCAGGUAGUUCAGCAACUGGAGAUACAGCUGGCAAAAGAGAGCGAGCGACUUCAGGCCAUGAUGACCCACCUGCACAUGCGCCCUUCAGAGCCAAAGCCUUUUAACCAACCUCUGAACCUGGCUUCCAGUGGCUCUCUGUUAAAGCGGGACAGUGAUCUCUACCCGGAGGGUCUUCCCCACCCCCCCACCUCAGCUGCCACCCCUAUCACCCCACUGCGCCAGGGUCCUUCAGUCAUCAGCUCCUCCAGCCUGCACACACACUCUCACUCCCACACGCACGGUGUUGGGCCCAUACGUAGGCGCAACUCCGACAAGUACUGCACCCCCAUCGCCUCAGAGCUGGCUCAGAACUGUGAGUUCUACAAGAACGCUGAUGUCAGGCCUCCCUUUACCUACGCCUCUCUUAUACGUCAUGCCAUUCUGGAGUCCCCAGACAGACAGUUGACUCUCAAUGAGAUCUACAACUGGUUUACACGAAAGUUUGCCUAUUUCAGGAGAAACACAGCCACAUGGAAGAAUGCUGUGCGCCACAACCUGAGUCUGCACAAGUGUUUCGUUCGCGUUGAGAACGUGAAGGGAGCCGUGUGGACUGUGGAUGAAGUUGAAUACCAAAAGAGGAGACCACCAAAGAUGACCGGGUAA